ACAGAUACUUGUCGAAAAGUCGAAAAUAAAUAACCCCUAAUAAAAAAGUAAACCUUGUGAUUUAAUUCAAUACCUACUACUAAAAAUGAGCUGCAGUGAAGAUAAUGAAGAUUCUCAUGUGGACGAAAUUGGAGACAACGAAAGGACGUCAAUACGAUCAGAAUUGGCUUCCUUAUCUUUUGAGGCACUUCAACAAUUGAAGGAAAAAAUUGGAGCUAAAGUCUACAAAGAGGCAUUGUUUGGAACUAAAGAAAAAGUAAAUGCUCCGCCUAAAGUGUUCAAAAGAGAAAACAAAAACAGACCAAGAGAAAUUAGUUCAAAGAAACCAGUGCCAGUAGUUCAGGUUGCGCAUGUGAAGAAGAAAGAAGUAAGAGACCCAAGGUUUGACCCAUUAUGUGGAGAAUUUGAUAAGAAGCAAUUUUCACAGAAUUAUGGUUUUCUGUCUGAACUUCGUAUGAAAGAUAUUAAAGCUGCUAGACAAGAACUGAGAGAAACAACAGAUCCAGAAAAACAAAUAAAAUUACGUAGAUUAUUACAAAGAUUGAAUGAUCAACAUAAAUCAUGCAAAAGAAACAAGUUGGAUAGAGAAAUUGCUCAAAAGAAUAGAGAUGAUGUUGAAAAGCAAUUCCGUGAGGGCAAACAGCCACACUUCAAGAACAAAUCUGAACUACGUGUAGAAGCUUUGGUUAAGCAAUAUGAAAGUCUGAAAAAGGAAGGAACUAGCCGUGUGCAGCGACACUUGAAGCGAAGAGAACAAAAAAUGAAGAAACGAUCACAUAGAGCACCUGCUAGAGUUAAAUAAAGCAAAUUAAAAAAAUAUAGGUAU